AUGAAAAUUUUAAUUAUUUAUGUGGCAUCAAUAGCGGUAUUCUAUUUUGUUGAUAAAUCGUUGGAUCUCUAAUUCAUUGAAUCAGACAAGCUAAAUCGACAAUGUGAAACCAAGCUCGACAAUAAUAACAAAAGCAUAUAAUGUUGUGGCUACAUUUGGGAAUCCAAUGAAACUAUGGUCACAUUCUACUUUCGUACAUAAACACCUUUAGAACACAUACCUGACAUUGUGAUUUAUUACUAGUAAUUCCCUGCAGAGUAAUAACUAAAUAUAACUGAACUGAUAGUGGUUGACACUAAUAAUUCAUUCCCCAUAGUCAAUGAGAAUUAAGCUGGCAUUGAGGAAUUGAGUAGGCAUCAUUUAAAAGCCUUACCUUAUGAGUUUAAAUCAGGUGACUCAGAUGGGAAUGAAAAUUAUCUAAUGACACCUGAAUUAAUCAAAGUUUCAGCAUAUGUUAUUUUUGUUAAGGGUUUGGACAUAGAAUUAGAGGCUUAUUUCAAAAAUAAUUUAAAAUAUUUAGAAGAUUCCUUUGUUACCUUCUUAUGCUUUGUCAUUUUGGCAUUGGCUAUCAAAAUGAUCAAUGAGGAUGAAGAGAAUCUUCUGCCUUUAGGAAAAUAUAUCAAAGAUAAUUAGCAUCACAUGCUUUUGAUUAUAAUUUUGAUUGCUCAACCACUUAGACCCUUGUGUUACUUCUCUGAAUUCGAAGCAGUAGAGUGGUUGAUCGGAUAAACAUGCUAUGCAAUUGGAGAAUUUCUAUUUUUGAGAUACUUCCUACAAGUUCUCUCCUUCCUAAAAGGGUAGGAUAACAACACCAAUAAAGGUAGAAACACACUAAUAACAAUAUUUGUCAUUAUCCCUAUUAGUAUCGAUAGAUGGUUAAUUGCCUUUGAUAGUUAAUCAUUUGUAAUAAAGGACUUAGAAAAUCAAGUCGACAACAUUCAUACAAUCAUGAUUGUGUGUUGGCUAUGCUUCUUAGUUUAUUCUGGGAUAUUUGCUUACGAAGUCAUGAUUAGUUUACAUUCGAAUUUAAUAAGACUUGACCUGUUUGUAAUUGACAUCAUUUUUUUCAUCGUCUAUUCCUUCUAAAAGAGUUAAUUUUACUUGUAUUAUGAAAGAUUUGAUCAUCACUUGUUUAAUCCGAUAAAUAUGUUGAUGAUGGUUUCUUAUAUUGCUGUUCUGUUGGUAGUGGACUUAAAGAAAGAGAGCGAAAAGAGCAAUGAACUAUAACCUAUACGACAUCGAAUCAAUUAAGAUGAAGAACAUGGAGACAAUCUUGACUUUACAAUUGCUGAAUAUUACAAAGAGAAAGCUAAUGAUGAUCAAGCAUUAAUUUGA